GGGGACGGUGAUGCCAGAGUGUGAUAUGUACUGUAUGGACACACACACAACGCACACAGUAACACAGACACGCGAGACAGCGAGACAGACACACGAGUAAUGUUCAUCCAUGGACGGACAGACGGACAGUGUUGAAAUCGCAACGUGUCUGUGAAUGGGUGAAUGAGUGACAGAGACCUCUUCUACUUGAGGCUUCAGGAUGCAUUCAGUGAACAAUCGUCCACCACAAAGCCCUCCACAAAAUACACGCCUUCAUGGGCCAGACAGCACAGCACCACAUAGCGAAGCCCUUACGACACGCCCGCCUCGCUAAUGCAUUGGGGCUCCAGCAGUGGCGUUGCCGUGCGUGGUGUUGAAUUCCAUGCCGGGCGCGGCCAAGGAGUUUUCGCCGAGGCAGUUGGUGACGUUGUAGACCUUCUCGUUGGCCUCUCUGAGGGUGGUGCCGUUCUCAGCCUCGCACGUCAUGCUCUGGAACUUGUACCCGCCUGCUCGCACGGAGGAAGGGGCCAAGUAAGGGAACGAGAAGCUUUCUUUGCUUAACAAUCGUGUCAUUUUACCUUGGUCUGGGCCGCAGCACAGCCCUCCACAGUCCUCGGUUUUCUUGCACGAGUGCAGGCUGCCGUCGUCAUGCUUGAAGCAGCGGUACUUUAACCUGCCGGUGACUCCAGGCGCAUCAGUCAUCAUGCAGUAGCACGCCCCUGAACACAUGGCACACCGCAGCCAACCAAGAGGGAGAGAGCGCUCUUCUGUUGUCCCUCUGCCUCACUUGGCCCCUUCCAUGCGUGUGUCUCGUUUGUGGCAUUUGCCCCUCUGCCAGCUGGUGUGUCGUCGUGUGGCUGGAUGUAGCGGGCUGACACCUCCCCAAAGCUGGGGGCUAUCGAGUUGAGGGCCGCACCCUCCUUCGCCUGCGCCUCCUGGCUCACGUCGGGGCGCAU